AUCACAAGCAAUUUUUAUACGUGGCGUUAUACGAAGGAAAUUCUGUCAGCGCCUGAGUGAAAAGAAUAUCAAAUUUUAUAAAAGUGAACUCAUUGCACUUCUUCGAAAACAAAUCAGUAUUAAACCUGUAAACAAUAACACUAAAUUCUAAUAGAAAAUAACUAUGCCGCCUAAACGGAAGGUAGGGCGUCCGCCUGGAUCCAAAAAUAAGAAAGGCAGGAAAACGUGUAAAAAGAUUGUGAAAAAGAAGCCUGUUUCGAUAAUACGUGUAGAAAAGGAAAAAGAUGAACGUUCUUCAAAUAGUAAUGAUUGUACUACAAGCGAUGAAAAUGUCUGUGGAGUGUGCCAAAAUAUGUUCAACUCUAAAGACGAGCUGGGUACCCAUCAUGAACGGUGUCGUGCUUUGGAAAUUGUAUCAGAUUAUUUCCCAAAGCAGGCAGCAUACACUUGCAAUGAAUGCCCCAAGAAAUUUAGAUUCAAGAAAAGUUUUAUUGAACAUUGCAAGAAUGAACACUCCAAGUCACCUAAAAGAGUAGCAUGUAGUCAGUGCAAUGUGUAUUGUCCUGACACGAAGACAUUGAAGGAACAUAUCGCAAAGGUUCAUGAAAGAGAUAUUUAUGAAUGUCCUACAUGCCAGCGGCAAUUUGUCCGUCGAUCACAUGUACUUCGGCAUAUGGCACAGACAGGGUGUGAUGGCCAAGGAGCAGCAGAAUACUCAUGUGAAAUAUGCCAUGUAACAUUCACUAGGAAAGAUAAUUUAAUGGUGCAUAUAAGACUGCAACAUAUAGUGAGAAAUGGUUACAAAUGCAAGAGCUGCAAAUUUGACUCGAAGAAUUUUUCCAAAUUGGUAGCCCACUGGCAUGCAAAUCAUGCAGAGACUCCUGGGCAAUACCAAUGCAACACUUGCAGCAAAUGGACCAGCUCCCGAGCAGCCAUGACCAAACACCUUGAAAUACACGGUGAAAAGAAAUAUGCAUGUGAUGUGAAGUUAAGAGAUGUGGGCGUGUGGUUGCAGUGCGGGUACAGCACGUACACCAUCGAGGUGAUGCGGCGCCACGUGCUGACGCAUGUGUCGGAGAAGCCGUACAAGUGCGAGAUCUGCUCCAAGUCCUACAUCCAGCGCGCUCAGCUGCAGCGCCAUCUCGAGAUCCACACAGGCAACCUAUGCACCAAGUGUGAAACUCCAUUCCCCUCCAGAGCAAAGUUACUGGUUCACAUGAGAGAACAUAUGGGAUUAGAUAAGUUGCAUUGCCCCAUAAAGACAUGUACUUAUUACACAAAAGCUUUUUCCACUGAAAGUGGGCUGAACCAUCACUUGAAAACGCAUGGGGAUGAUAAGCCGUACAGCUGCGAGGUAUGCGAUAAGAAGUUCCACUCGGAUAUGAACCUGCGCCGACACUUGGAGACGCACACGUUGGACAAGCCGCGGCGCUGCAUGUACUGCGUGUCGGCGCGCGCCUACGUGCGCGGCGCACAGCUCCUCCGCCACGUGCGCAAGAACCACGACUCCAUCUUCCGCGGCCAUCUGCUGCAUGUGCGCCAAGUGCUCGGUGCCGAUAGCACAGCAGAAAGAGUGAAAAAGUCUGAAUUAGAUGCAAUCCUAAACUUGUUAGAUGUGGAAUCGGAUCGAAUCUUGCAAGGCUACAGCGGAGCUGAUGUGCUCUACGGUGGUAUGCAAGAUGACGAAAAUCGUGCCAGCAAAGAAGUACCUAACAACGAGCCAAAGAAAGUAAACUCUCCCCUACUGUCAGAAGAUGAGCUUACCGAGAAUUUGAGAAAACUGCUUUCCAAACUUAUAGAUAAGGAAACACUCCAUCUAUUUGGGUGGCCCGAUGAGAGUGUAGAUGUGGUAUUGGAAAAAGUAAUCGAACAGUGUGGCGCUAAACCCGCAGACCGCGAAAAGUGGACACGUGUGCAACGGUUGCGCGAGAACUCCAAGCAUUUGUUCUUGUACGUUAUUGAAGACAAGAACAUAGCGCGCAUGCUGGGCACACACACCAUUGAUCAAAUUGUUAAACAUAUACUGAAGCAAGUCAGCGACGAUGAUGCCAACGAGAUCUAGUAAGCUCAUUGUAAGUUACUACAUACUUUUAUUUUAUACAUACUUACAUUAUUCCAUCAAGAUCAACGCUAAUGGUAUUAUGGUCAAAAAAAUCUAUUGAACAUGGUACAUGAUGACAUGAUAAAAUAUGUAAUAUGUACAUACGUAACUACUUAAUAAUGUUUAAAAAAAUAUUGUUUAGGCAACACUAAAGACAUUUUACGAAUUAUUGUUGCUAUUGUAUAUGUACAAGCAUUGUUUAUAUCCAACAAUUGUGAACAAGACCAAUAUAUUUUAAGUAGCAUUUAAAUUUUUCUGUUUGGCAAUAUAAUUAUUAGCAUAUCGCUAAUAUUUUAGAGAAGUUAUAAUAUAGAAAUGUGCAUGUGAGGUCCAAAAUAUUUUACAAUAUAUUGUGCAAUGGUCAGUAGAUGUACCUGAUAAUAUUGUUUUAAUCUAGUGAGAUCAAUAAGUGGUCUAUUUCCUAUGAUCAAAUCUGUUUCAUGUUAAUGAUUAGUGUUUUUUUUAACUCAAAUCUGUUUAUUUUGU